CUUGUUCAGUUUCAGUUUCCACAAUAAAUGAAGCGAGCUCUGAAAAAUAGUUGUAAAACUCUGCAAUUCAACGUUAUAUCUGUCCUGUGAAUCACAUUUUUUUUUUCAUGAGUGACAAAAAUUCUCCAGAAGAGAUGGCAUCUUUUGAAGUACUCCAUACAGAAAAUGGUUCUUUGGAUGAAAACGAGUAUAGUUUCAUGCCAGACCAUUCUUUUGUUUCUGGUGAAUGCGUUGGUUCUAAUUUCAAGCAAGGACAAUCUGGUGUGUCAGACAUAUCUACAAUUUUGUCAGCAGCCACACCUGAUUUGAGUAUCGAGGAGAUUCAGAAACGAAUACUUGAGUUACUGGAAGAAAAUGCAUCAAUGAAAGAAGCUUUAAAACGAAAUAAUAUAAUGAUGGAAGAACAGUUAAGUACUAUAUCUGCAUGGCAUGAGCAGAUGACUCUGUCAAAGUCUCAGCAGCAAGAAGCUUUAAAGAAGGCUGUAGAAUCUAAUUGCGUGCUUAAAAAGGAAAACUCUGAGUUAUUGGAAAAGAUUCAUAAUCUUGAGGAAAAGAGUAAUGAAACUGCAGAAAGAGAAACAUGUUCAAAGUGUACAGACUUGCAAGCUCUUUCACAUAAAUUAGAAGAGAAUAUUGAUAAACUAAUGGUCGAGAAAAAAGAAUUAUGUCAGGAACUGAAGUCGGAAAAACAACUUCAUAGACAACUGGAACAAAACGUUUUGGAAGUGUCUAAUUACUUGGAAAAUUUGCAGUCAAACAGCAAAUUAUUGGAAGCUGAGAAGAGAGAGUUGACUGCUUUAAACAAUACAUUGCAGUUGAAAUUAUCAACUUUAGAUUCCGAUUUUGACACCAUUAUUCAAACAGAUGAAGAGACAGGCUAUGAAAUUGUGCAGCAAAGAAAAAUUAAGGAAAAUGCCAUGAAAGAAUCUUUACUGCACCUAACUGAAGCUCAAGAUGAAAUUUUUAAGCUUAUGAAAGAAUUGAAGCUUAAAGACAAUGAGAUUGAGUCAUUAAAAAGGCAUAUAGACUCACUGUCUACACAGCUGGAUGUACCUACAGCAACAAGUGUAAAAACUUCUUCAGAGUUACUUGAGAGUGAACCAAAAGCUCAUGGAAAUGAUGCAAGGUGCCAAAAAUUGGAGAAGGAAAUUGAACGUUAUCAGAAAGACAUAGAGAACCUUAAGGAAAGUGAUCAUAUUAUCAUUCAAAAGCUACAAAAGGAAGUUGAUAGUCUUCAAGAAACAGUAAAACUGUACCAGGAAGAGUGCAAGACAGAGAGGUUACAAUGCAAUGAGUUGCAAAGAAGUUAUGAUAAACUUCAAGCUGAUUAUGAAAGAAUCAAAAAGCUUCUUGAGAUACAAUCAAAAGAUGAGAAAGAAAGGAUUCAGAACAUCGAUGAAUAUAAAAACCACGAAGUCAAAUGUUAUCUUGAGCAAAUUGAUAAGCUUACUGCUCAGCUGGUUGAUAAAGAACAAGUAUUGGAAGAAAAAGCAGAGAAGAUUUUUCAGUUAAGCUCUGAACUGAAAACAGUGAAAGAAGAUUCAGAAAUGAUACCAAUUUUGAAAGCACAGGUUGAAGUUUACAAAGGUGAUUUACAAAAUGAAGUUCUUGCAAAAGUGUCAGCACAUCAAGAAGUGGAGAAACUUUCUGAGCAGUUAAAAAGACUGCAAACUGCUACUGAACAUUGCAGCAAUUGUGCAAAACCUUUAACCAAUGGUGAGGGAAAAGCCAAAAUUAGAUGGAAGCCAGGAAAAAAAUUUACUUCAGAACAUGCUGAAAGUAAUGUAAUUCGUUGUCCCGUGUGUAAUAAUGGAUUUACAUCUCUUCAAGCAGCAGAAAAUCAUGUUAAUAGAUGUCUUGAUGAGCCAUCGUAAAGGAAGCUGUUCCUAUUUUGAAACCUUUGUCCUCAAUCCUGUUCUGAUUUCUUAGAAACACAGUAGACAUGGUUAGGUUUUGGAUGAGAGGUAUGAUCUGAACAUUAAAAUAAGAACUGAAAAAAACAUUCAGUAUUAUUAUUGCAUUCUAGUUCUUUUUUGCAUCUACCAUGGUGGUUGUUGUAUAUAAAUUUUGCAGCUUGUUAAGACAAAUAUAUAUUAUAUGUCGAAUAUCUUAGCUUAAAAUCUUUUGCCUGAAUUGGCAAUUUCUUUUGCGCAUGAAAUAUUUAUUGUAGGCAUGGUAAAAAUUGAUGUUUAUAUGUUAUAUGAACUAAAUAAAAUAUUGAAUAACAAUACUAAUCAAUAAAGACACCUUAAUUGGUUGAAUUCUACUUUGCUUUAAAAUAAAAAAUAUUUUUGAAAUUUUUUUUUUCCAUAUUUUGAGAAUUUAUGUUCCUUUAAAACCUUAAAUUAUUUUAUAUAACUAAACUUUUCAAACCUAAAAUCUAAGCAAAUCUAUCCUUGAAAUGUUAUUACAUUCAAUAUUUUAAAUGUACCAUUUUAAGAAGAAUAUGAGUGGGGGGGGGGGGGAGGAGCUUAACGUCUGAAACAGCACAAUAAAAGUUUGUAAUUUGAGUGUCUGACUCUGAAAUGUGCAAUAAAACAUUGCUGCUGAAUUGUGUGAACUUUAUCUGAUCAGAAUAUAUUUACAUGAUUGUUGCAAGAUAUUACCUUGAAAUUAUUCUUCAACAUGAUUUAUUUUGUAAAGCAUAGAAUUUUGAAGGUUCUAUGCUUCAAUUCUGUGCAUUAACAUGCAACAAUGAAGAAAUUGAAAAAUUAUUGGUGUUAAUGUGUAUAUAAGUAAAAUAAUAUAUUUUUCUAAAACUGUACAUAGUAAAUUACUUGAGUGUUGUUAAACAAAUUGUUUGUUCUUGUUGUUAAUCAGAACUAUUUUUGUUAAUGAAAUAUGCACUUUUUUUUGUUUUCUAUGUUAUGCUAAGGUACAAUAAUUUUUUUAUGAUAAAUUUAUUUUUUUCCCUUGCUUGAAACUUCUUUUAAAUUCUGUUAAAAAUAAGGAAAAAAUCAUAAAGCCCUUAUAAAGGAAAACAAAAGCAAAAGUGUGAUAUCAAAUGUAAUCAAGUGCCAUUUUGAUAGUAGUUCAUUAGGUUUAUUUAUUUUAAUUAUUUUUUAGGGAUGGAAAUAUUAAAAAAAAAAAGCAUGAAAUGUGUAUAUAAAAUGGAUACUGCCGAUGUGUUGAUUUGAACAUAUGUCUGAGUGUAAAUAUUAAGCUUCCAGUAACUGCAUGUAAAGUUAACCUGACACUAGAGAAAAUGUGUUAGCUGUGCCCUUUACUGUCUCUCAUACAUUAUUAUUUAAAACUUAGUAAAUAGCUUUUUGGCAAAUUUUUUUAACCAAUAAAUCAGUUUAAAUAUUAUCAGAUGUUCAGAGUUUUCUGUGCUCUUUUAAUUGUGUUUCAUUUUAACGUUCAUAAUACACUAGUAAAAAAUUUAUUGUCAGUUUUUAUUAUUUCAUUAUCUAAUUUCCAUGUUGCAUACAACAUUCAUUGCACAAAUUCUACAGGCAAUUAAUUCAUAAAAAUAACUAAUUUGAAACUUUGUAUUCUAUAAAAAAAAAAAUAUCCACCUUUUAUCACACCUGCAAGUAAACUAACAAAAUUUUUCAACAGAAAUUAUCUUAAAAUAAUUAUUGUUAAGAAUCAAAAUGACUGGGAGGGGGAGAGAGGCAUUAGAAGCUUUCUGCAAUAUCUUUGACUAAAAAAGGAAUCAGUCUACCAGCAACAAUAUCUGACCCCAACAAAAGCUUCUUGCUGAUCAUUGAAGGGAUGUAGAGCUCUUACACGAGUCGAAUUUUGGUGAAUGAAGGUUUUUUUAUUGAAGUUAAUGAGAUUUGGAUUUCAUUCUGUGUGGUUAAAAAUGCACAUGUGGACAUAAAUACUCAUUCAAGACCCAUGGAGUAUCUCAUAUUGUUUUCACCAAGUUUUAAAAUUUAAUAUUUUAUUUUCUUAUUUGCUCAUGUAUAUAUUGUGUUCAUACAGAAACUGUGUUUGCAUGAUUUAUGUGUAUCGUUUUGAAAAAAAAAGGGCUUUUUUUGCCAUAAAAAAUACUUGAUCCUAAAAAAGUAUAUUUGUAUGAAUUAGGAUCAAUUAAAAAAACACUUGUGCCAUUUUUACAUUGCAUGCAUUUAUUCUUAAAUUUGUAUUUUUCCUUCCACAUUUUAAAAUUAAGCUUUUAAUUUUGUUCUAGUAUUUAUUGCUCACCAUUUUUUGAAAAAGAAAUUGAGUAUAUACUGGACUAAAAUAGUUUCAGUCAAGUUAUAUCUUCUGCAAGAAAAUAUUAAACUAAAUAUUCAUAAAAAAAAUAGGUUUGCUACUUUUAAUGCUUUUAGCAUAUGUUUCUUUUUUUUUUUUCUUUUCACCAAUCACAAAUUUAUCAAAUUUUACCAAUCUUAGACUUUAUGUGAAAUGCUUGGUAAAAGCAAUUCAUGUGAAUUCAAAGAUAGUUUGUAAAAGCAAUCUGAAAUAUUCUACUCUAUGAGCACUGUUUAAAAAAUUAUCUUGCUUACAUUCUAUUUGACGGUAAAAUUUUGGUUUAACUAUAAAGUAAGUUUAAAUAUUUGUAAAUAAAUCGUAAUUAAUUGAAAACUUAGUGAAUUGUAAUUGAAUAAACUGAACAAUUAAUUACAAUUGAUAAAAUGUAAUCAAUUGAAUAAGGAAUUCAGUAAAAUGUUUCUUCAAAACAUAAACAUGUAUAAAUGUUACUGUUACUACAAAAUUUUUUCAUGAAUACAUAUGCAUAUGUAUUUAUAGAAAACAUGUUAUUCAACUGUCAUCAAAUUGCCUAGUAGUUUUUCUUCUUUUCUCCUAUUCUAUAUGCAAAUGUGGGGUCACUGUUCUGAGACAGUCUUCUGGAAGAUGGCUAUGGACGCUCAUAUUUUAAUUUUAAAGGGGGCUAAAAAACUGGUUUUAAGGCUUUGAUUUGAAGGAUCUUUUUUGUUUUAAUUUUCUACCUACUAACUUCCUUCUUAUCUUUCUUCAAUGAGAAUUUUUGUUAUCUGUUGUCUGCAGUCAAAACUUCCUUCCGGAAGUUUUUUUUCUUUUUGCAUGAAAACAGUUCUUUCAUAUAUAUAAACUACUGUAUUUAUUAAGAUGGGCAUUAAUGUUAAAAACUAAGGCUU